ACAUGAAGAUUGAAGCAUUCAGAGUCAAACAUGAAGAUACUGAGGAACUAACAGACCUGAUGACACUGAAAGAGGAGAGUCAAGAACUCAAUGAAAAGGAAGAUAAUGAUCAGCAUGAGAAAUGUAAUUUCAUGACUGGAGAAAAAUCAUUUAGUUGCUCACAUACUGAAAAGACGUCACAAAAUAGAGCUCAAAAGACAGCAGAUAGAAGUUAUUUCACCUGCCAACAGUGCGGAAAAAGUUUCACCAGAAAAGGAAGUCUUGAAGUCCACAUGAGAGUUCACACUGGAGAGAAACCUUUCACCUGCCAACAUUGUGGAAAGAGUUUCAUUUAUAAACCAUACCUUAAAAACCACAUGAGAAUUCAUACUGGAGAGAAGCCUUACACAUGCUCUCACUGUGGAAAAAGCUUUAAACAUAAACAACACCUCGAUGUCCAUGAGAGAAUUCAUACUGGAGAGAAACCUUUCACCUGCCAACAAUGUGGAAAGAGCUACAUUAGUAGAACAAAACUUAAAACCCACAUCAGAACUCAUACUGGAGAGAAACCUUACACAUGUUCUCAAUGUGGAAAAAGUUUUACAUAUAAAAAAGGUCUCCAUGACCACAUGCAAGUUCAUACUGGAGAGAAACCUUACACUUGCCAACAAUGUGGAAAGAGUUUCGCUAAAAAAGCAACCCUUGAAGACCACAUGAGAGUUCACACUGGAGAGAAACCUUUCACCUGCCAACAGUGUGGAAAGAGCUUUAUUAGUAAAUCAAGCCUUAAAUACCACAUGAUAAGUCACAGUGGAGAGAAACCUUAUACAUGUUCUCAAUGUGGAAAAAGCUUUAAAAAUAAACAACACCUCAAUUUCCACAUGAGAAUUCAUACUGGAGAGAAACCGUUCACCUGCCAACAAUGUGGAAAGCGCUUCACUAGAAGAGGACACCUUAAAAAACACAUGAACAUUCACACUAGAGAGAAGCAUGGAAACAACACGAGACCAUAUACUACCGCAAAUGUCAAGACCAGCCCAGAUGGUGCUUCGUGUCCCCACCAGUGGCAAUAGAAGUGAGCACACCUUCAGCACAGUUGGAAGAGUUGUAGAAGAAAAAGGACUGGAUUAAAACAGGGGCUGCCCACAAUCAAAGAUAUUUCUAGAUGACUAUUAGUAGUAGUAAAUAUUUAAACCAUAAUGUGCCUUUAAUAUUUAGGCUAUACCUAGCCUAUUCUAUUCCACGCUCAGUGUUUCAAAGAUGAAGUUGACAAUCCUGACUCACCAUCUCCUCACUGGACGUGCCUUUAUGAAUUACAUGAUGAAAGAGUUUUUGUUUGUGAAUUAUUGUAUUAUUUCAUUUUGUAGUCAUUUAAAGCUUUCUAUAGAUAUAUUGGUCAUGUCUGUGAUGCUAGUAUUCACUGAGUUUUGGUUCAUUUCUGUGAGAUGGCAGAAUCGCAUCUUAUA